CACAGACACACAGGCAUUUUUAUUCACAACACACACACACACACACACACAGCCAGGUAUUCCUAUAUAAAGUGCUGUGGGCAGGCAGUAUUGUCCCUGCAGGUUCCCGUGGGCAGUAACAGGAUCAGAAGGCUUCAUCAUGUCUCCAAAGAAAGCCAAGAAGAAGCAGUCGGGAGAGGCCAGCUCCAAUGUGUUCAGCAUGUUUGAGCAGAGUCAGAUCCAGGAGUUCAAAGAGGCAUUCACCAUUAUGGACCAGAACAGAGAUGGCUUCAUCUGCAAGAACGACCUGAGAGACACAUUCGCUGCCUUGGGGAGGCUGAACGUGAGUAAUGACGAGCUGGAGGAGAUGGUGAAGGAGGCGCCUGGACCCAUCAACUUCACCGUCUUCCUCUGCAUGUUCGGCGAGAAACUCAAAGGUACGGACCCAGAGGAGACCAUCCUCAACGCCUUCAAGAUCUUCGACCCUGAGGCCACGGGCGUCCUGAAAGGAGACGAUAUUAAGUACCAUCUGAUGUCACAGGCUGAUAAGUUCAAUGAAGCAGAGGUGACUCAGAUGUUCACCAUGUUCCCGCUGGACGUUGCCGGUAACCUUGACUACAAGAACCUGUGCUAUGUCAUCACCCACGGAGAGGACAAAGAGGACAAGGACUAAACAAACAGCAGUGGCUCAGCACCCCCCCCUCCCCCCCCCCCCCCCCCCCACACACACACACACCCAUCAGUCUCGUGCUCAAACCCUGUUGUCUGCAGCUCCAUGUGAAGGUGCUUCCAUCUGUGUUAGUUUCAAACUGUGAAAACCAAAUGUGUCUAAUUGCUGUUUUUGUUCCUUUUUGUCUUAUUGUCUAAUAAAGUCGCUCUAAAAGAGUU